GGUGGAGGAAAAUAACUUUUUGUUCUUGUCGAUCAUGAAAAGGAAUUGGUCCGGAAACUUCCCCGGGGAUAAAAGCCAGUUGUUUCGUCUCCCCACCACUGCACUCAACAGGACGAACUCCGACUCGGCCCUCCACACCAGCGUGAUGAACCCUCCCACGGGAGACCCCUUCACCACGGGAGGACCCACCCUCACCCCCCAGAGCACCAGACGCAGCGGUCAGAGUGAUGGAGAGGGCAGAAGAAUGUUUCCGUACCCUGUUCCCCCCAUCGAAGAGAACGUGUUGGACGAGGGGAAGCUGCUCAAACCCUGGGACACCAAGAAGUUGCCUCUGUUGUUGUCCCGACCCAAGUCCUGUGAAGUCCCUGGCAUCAAUAUCUUUACGUCUCCGGAGCAGCCGUCCACGCCUUCUCACGGCAUCCCGUCGGCGCUCAACACCGGCGGCUCGCUGCCCGACCUGUCCAGCCUCCACUUCCCCUCCCCGCUGCCCACGCCGCUGGACCAGGACGAGCCGGGCUACCCAGGAUCCUCCUCUCUGAGCGGGGGGAGCAGCACGGGGAACUUGGCCUCCACGCUCACUCAGCUGGGCAUCAACGCUGCCAACGCGCAGGGAGGCAACGGCAGCUUCCACCACCACACGCCAGGUCUCCUGGCGUCCCUACAGAGCACGCUCAGUAACCCCUCCCUGCAGUCGUCGCUAAGCAACCCCAACAUCCAGUCCUCGCUCAGCAGCCACUCCUUCUCCAACUCUUUGAGCUCUGCCUCGCUGCACUCGUCGCUCAGCAACCCCUCGCUGUCCCUCAGCCCCUCCCCCUCCCUGCCGUCCUCCCUGAGCAGCCAAUCGCUGCAUUCCUCCCUCAGUAGCUCCUCCCUCCAGUCGGUGUCCAGCGGUAACCCCGGCUACAGCAGCGGCGGCGCAGCCGGCUCCGGCUCCUGCCCGUCCUCCUACUCGUCGCUGCUCGGCGGGCAGGGCCAGCCGUCGCUCAGCACGUCGCCGAGGAGACGGGCGCAGCUCUCCCCGCUCAUCCUGCCCAUGGGAGGGGAGACGCGGAGGCAUCACUCCAAACAGUUCUCCCCCACCAUCUCCCCCACCCUGUCCUCCAUCACACAGGGCGUCCCUCUGGACACCAGCAAACUGCCUCUGGACCAGAGGCUUCCUCCGUACCCACUCAGCCAGUCGCACCAGCACCAGCCAGGCUCCCACCAGCCUCUCCCCGGCCUGCAGGGCUCCCAGCCCGGACAGCAACCCUCUCACAUGAGCCAGCACCACCACCAGCAGCUGCACCGCCUCCAGCAGCAGCAGCAGACGCAGCAGCAGCAGCAGCAGCAGAUGCAGCAGACGCAGCAGACGCAACAGCAGAUGCAGCAGACGCAGCAACAGCAGCAGAUGCAGCAGACGCAACAGCAGCAGAUGCAGCAGAUGCAGCAGACGCAGCAGCAGAUGCAGCAGACGCAGCAGAUGCAGCAGCAGAUGCAACAACAGCAGAUGCAGCAACAGUCACAGUCCAUGCAGCAGCAGCAGCAGCAGCAGCAGCUUCACCUACAGAACCUACGCAACUCACACAACCAGCACAUGCAGCAGCACUUUGAAUCGCAGCAGCAGCAGCAGCAGCAGAGGCCGAUGGGGCAGCAGGCGAACUCCCAGCAGAUAAAGAACGAGCGGCUGAUGGAUCAGUGUGUCCAGAGCUCCUCUCAACAUCACGCCAAACAGGAAGCGGAGCAGCAGACGGAGCAGCACCGAGCCGGCGGCGGCCUCCCUCAGCUCCAACAGAUCAGCCACAACCUCGCCACAGACCUCUACAACGAUGCCUUGUUCAACUCUCUGCUGGACGACCCCUACCUGAGUCUCCAGCUCACGGGCAAAUCCAACCAGCAGUUCAGCGCCGAUCACCAGGGCGACUGUCUGUCUCUGAACCACAGCGGUCUGAGCUGCGGCGGCUCCGAUAAGAACCAGUUCCCCUCCGACAGCGGGGGCCACCUGGACCUGCAGGACCCCGGGGACCAGCAGGUCCUCAACCACCAGAACCAGAACUACGGCGGCGGGGACGCACGGCACAACGUGCCCAACAUCAUCCUCACGGGGGACUCCCCGCCGGGUCUGUCUAAAGAGAUCGCCAGCGCUCUGUCCCACGUCCCCGGCUUUGAGAUGGACCCUUUCUCCCUGGACGACCCGCUCCGGAUGGACCCGCUGGCUCUGGACAUGCUGGACGGCGACCUGAUGCUCGCCGACCCGGCUGUGGAGGACUCUUUCCGAUCCGACCGGCUGAAGUGACCACCGCACUCUUUCUCCCCCUCUCACCACCCACCCGCCCGCCCGCCUGCGGAGCUCGGUGGGGAUCAGCCAAUGAGACGGCCGCCCCGGGGGCGGAGACUGGAGAGAGAAGAGCAGGAUCAGCGCCGCUUCGCCGCACACUCACCACUCCCCCCCCCUCCCCGAGCAGACGUCUGCACAGCGAGGUCCGCACGUCACUUGGGAAACCUCCGAGAGCCUUUUUUUUAUUAAAGCAACACUAAAGAACUAUUCCUCUUCCGUCCCCCUACAGGUUGGAAGCGGAAUUGUCCAUUACCGUCAUUCUUAUGUCUCAGUCGAACUACAGAUCUGCUACCUGAUCUGGCAAACUUACACCAAAAUAAUGUACCUUAAAAUAACAUUUCCAAAAUCGUUUCAGUGGUUCAUCAACUCGU